AUGUCGACUCAAGCACACACCUCAUUACCCCAGGUCGGGAAGCUGGUGAGCGUCGUCCCCGUCGGCCUCAAGGAAGCUGCUCUCGAUUCCCCAACCUUCCGCGCCACCACCCUCCACUUCUGCGACCAGAUCGAGUUUCUUGAAAAAUGGCUGGACGGAUACGCCAAGGCCGCGACAAAGGUUACCUCUGAGCUGAUGACAUUGGAGAGUGUUGUGGGAAACUUUCUUUCCUACUCCACACAUCCCCUUGUCGUCUCGGAAGCGGUUGUUGAUCAUGACUAUACCUUGUUGGCGAUGAGGAGGUGCGGAGACGGUUCCAAGGAUCUAUGGGGCGGGUUGGUCAACAGCACUAAGAAGCUGGAGUCUUUGAUCGCCGAACCCAUCCGGACGUUCAUCCAUGAGGACUUGCGGCAUUUCAAGGAAACUCGACGUGCCCUCGAACACGCCCAGAAGCAGUAUGAUUACAUGCAAGCUCGAUAUUCAUCGCAGUCCAAAUCCAAGGACAGCUCGGCCCUGAGAGAAGAAGCGUUUCAGCUCCAUGAGGCCCGCAAGGCCUAUAUUAAAGCUUCCAUGGACUUCUCGGUGCAAGCUCCCCAGCUCCGCAAUGCUCUCGACAGACUCUUGGUCCGGAUCUCCUUUGAUCAGUGGCGAGAGUUCCGGUCAUUCCACAAUAAUAAUAGCACUACUUUCUCGAAAUGGGCACAUGAGAUGGAUCGAAUCAAGGGCUGGAUCCAUGAGAUGGAAUCGAGUGAAAGAUCAUCCAAACGAGAACUCCUCUCUACUCGGGUGCAAAUCGAGGAGGCCGCGGAGAUGGUGGCUCGACCGUCUCGUGAGUUAGAGGACUAUUCGAUCUCGACUGUCCCUUACCUCGGGUCUCGCCCUAUAUCCGCACUCAAUGUGGCCAAGGAUGUGAGACCAGAAAAGCAAGGCUGGUUGAACUUGCGAACGCUGUCAGGAAAGCCGACUCGCACAGUGUGGGUGCGGCGAUGGGCAUUCUUGAAACACGGUAUAUUCGGAUGCCUUGUGCAAGGCACACGUACCGGUGGUGUCGAGGAAAGCGAGCGCAUUGGCGUAUUGCUCUGCAGUGUUCGUCCUGCUUUUCAAGAGGAGCGUCGGUUUUGCUUCCAAGUGAAGACCAAGAACAACAACAUUGUGUUGCAAACAGAAACUCAAAAGGAGCUGAUGGAGUGGAUCGGCGCUUUUGAGGCUGCCAAGCAGAAAGCGUUGGAAAACCCGGCAAGCACAGAUCUAUCCAUCUCUGGGAAAGUCACCGUCCAAGACCCUGCCUUCUCCAUCUCUCAGCCGCCGGCCCCCGAGUUCGCCGCGGAUCCGGCUGACUCACUUACUCCCCAUACACAUGACGAGCCAAGCUCUUCGACAGAACGUAGUCAAACCCUUCCUGUGCCAGAGCGCGAUGGUCUGGCUUUCCGAAACAGCACUGACAUCGGCAACGGCAAAAGAGGCGGGAUGGAAAGUGAAAGUUCCACGAGAGAGCACACGUCCAGAAUCAUCCAGAAAUUGGAUCUUCAUCGCAAGUCGAAUAACGCACCCCCAUCAUCUCCCUCCAUUCCCGGUCCUGCUGGUGGUAUAGCCAGUCUCAUCUCUGCCAGCCAUAAUAUCCUCCCUUAUGCUGGCACUGCUGCUGUCAACGCAGCAGAGAAUGGCAACCGAGGUCGCAGCCUGAGCAAUAUCGAUGAGCCCGGCUCAAGCCUUGCUCCUCCAACACUGGCCAACCCUCCCGCUCCCACUAGCAUGAGCAAGGCAGCCGUGGUCGUGAACAGUGAAAGAGGCAUUGGAUUAGGACUCGUGGACAGCACGGGUGGAAUGCCUAGCGGUAUGAUGGCAAACUUGUGGGGUAGUUCAAACUGGGGCUUUAUGAACAAACUUCAGCGUGAACGCCUCCAGCAGGCCAACGAAGAGCAUGACUUAUUAGAAGGAAGGCCCUCUUCUAUCAUGAGCGACUCCUCCAAAGAGACGAUAACCCCACAGACAGAUCUAUCUGGCACAUCGCCGGCAUCUCGUCAGCCAUCAGGUCCCCGCCACAGGCAGACCGUCAGUCUUGAUGGGGAUCAAUCGAAAAUCCAGCGUGCCGCGCUGGGGAUUGCACAUGAGUAUCCUAGCUACUAUCCCCAGCAGCUGAGAAUCCAGGAUGCUCAGUUCCGGCUGCUCUUCCCUGAUGUCAAAAGGGAGGAGGCGCUGGUUUUGGUAUUCAGGGCCACCUGGAGCCCGAAUGACCAGCAAGAGUUCCCUGGCAGAGCUUAUGUCACAACCCGAAAUGUGUACUUUUACAGCCACCAUUUCGGCCUGGUUUUGACUACGAGUGUCUCUCUGGACAGUAUCAAAGAAGUGACGGCGGCCCCUGGACGGGACUGUGAUUUCCUCUUCCUCCACACCAUCCCACCUCUCGGGAGCGAUACCCCUGGCAGAGUGACGAUCAAGACCUUCCUCGAGCCCCUCCGGGUUCUCCAAAAGCGAUUGAACUUUUUGAUUCAGGGCUCCAUCGCCGUCGAGCCGAUGACUCUGGAAGCUGUUAUUAAAUCGCUGAUCAAGAUGGACACGGGAACUCCAACUCGGCAGUCCAGUGCGGACAGCUGGGAGGAUGUCUCCUCUGGGUUUGCGGACAUCAAAUACGAUGGAGGCCAGCCCGCUGCCCGCGGAAAGGAUAUCCGGGCUCCCAUUUAUAUUGAUAAGGAUCUUGAUCUGGAUGGAGGAAAGGCUGGUCGGGCACGGGAUAUGCCGAAAUUCAGACUGCCUACCCAGCCAGUCGAGUAUGUGCCACAAGGCGACCUGGUUCUGUCGACCGAGCGAGUGUUCGACGUUAGCCCCAAGGCAUUGUUCCACAUUCUAUUUGGUGACAAGAGUGCUGUGUGGCAGCUUUUGUUGCACGAGAGACAAGCUCGAGACAUCAAGCAGGGUCCUUGGGCUAGCACAGAAUCACAACAUCUGAGACGAGACUUCCACUAUCAGAUUGACAUGCCGGAUUUUUUCGGCCGAACUCAACCGAACACAAUAUCGGAUUAUCAGAUCAUCGACGUACUCAAUGAUCAUCUGUGCUACGUGAUCACCGAUAAGAAAACCCCCUGGCAUCUUCCAUUCCGGCGAUCCUUCCGGCUGGUCAGCAAGGUCGUGAUCACGUUUGUGGCCAAGUCGAAGAGUAAGCUCGCUGUCUAUACAAAGGUCGAGUGGCUAUGGUCUCCUCACGGCCUCAAGAACAUUAUCGACAGCAAAGCAAGUCAGGACCUUGAGGACGACGCGUUGGAUCUAAUUGACUUGGUGAGUGACCAAGUGCGCCGCCUUGGAGGACACAGCCGCACGAAGAAGGCCAUUACGAUCUUCGGCCAUGUUGGCCGCCAGAGUCACGUUUCUCACUUUACCGGUGCCGGUGGCAAUCUGAAGCUGGAAUCCCACAAGCCUCGGAUCCAGCGGACCAUGCCUCAGCUCCUUAUCGAGACAUUCUUGUCUCUACUGGAAAGCACGGUUUCGCUACUAAUGCUGUCGACGUUCGAUCUUGUCCGAUGGUCCUGGAAGACCGUGAGUGCCCACAAGGUGAUAUUGAUUCUGCUGGCUACCAGCUUUCUCAUGAACGGAUUUUACUCGUCCCGAGAUGGCUGGGACUGGUGGCACGAGCGACAUGCCAGCAACUUUAUGGCUCGGCUCGGGGUCCAGCCGGAUCUCGUUAUGGGCAAAGCUAUUUACAUGCGAGACAUCGACGAGGCAAUUGCAAACACCACCAUCUGGCCCGACACCGGCAAUGCUAGUGAUUGUUUCGCCACGUUCCACGAGCAGACUACGCGGUUCGCUGAAAUGCCUCUGUCUCUCAGCACCCUCGGUUCCCGGGAUGCCAUGGCCAAGAGCGCGGCUAAACGAUUCCACCAAACCCGCGAACGCCUUGGCCUGUACCGACACAACCUGUUGGUCGCGCUGCGCGUCGUCAACAGCAUCGAGAAAGAGGUCGUUCAGACCGAAUGGGAGCGGUGGCUGCGCGAGGAGGUUAGGCGCUGUCGCCAAGUCGAGAUCCUCCUCGGUACCGACGCUGGAGAGGACGAUUUGAACCUGAAGGCUGGCCGCUUGGCACAGGCUGAGCGUGUCUUCGCCGAACACGCAGAUAAUGUGAAACAGUGGUACGAGGGAUACUGCUCCAGUUGUCGAAAGGAGCAGGAACAUGCCAAGGAGAAUGGCCGUGGAAAUCUGAUUGCUUGA